AUGGUGUCGCCAACGGGAUCAUACGGCCCGAUACUCUUCGUCUAUAUGACGUACAAGGGUGCUGCGCCAGGCUACCCUGACCCUGUGAGCCUCACAGAUGUCCAGGACCUCUUCUGGCAGGUCCCCGGCCUCAACGACUCGCUGUAUCACAGCUCGUGGCACACGCUUUGGUUGGACACCAAGAGUGUUGAUUUCUUCCAGAUGGAGGCGCCGGAGGACCCCGCGAAUUGGGGCAGCAGCUUGACGAACCUGUACCAGAGCGUGAGCCAGCACGGCGUGUUCAUGGCACAGUACCAGGCAAGAAAUUACACGAAUGUCAUGGCCAGUGCUUUUCUGCCUACCACAGGGGCCUACAACGGGUGGUCCCAGUAUCAGGCGAACUCCAUCACCUGGCAGUCGUUCUUUCACGAGCUUGGGCACAACUGGGGCCUCGUCCACUGCGGUGGCUACAACUCUGACGGGACCUUCAACGAGUACCUCGAUGAUGCGAUCAUGGGUUAUUUUCGGGCCCCUAAGUAUUCGGACCCCAAUGCUGUUACGCGCUACCGGCUCGGCUGGCUGACGGGGGCCGAGGUCGUGGAGUUUGUGCGGGGGCAUGACCACACGGCAGUCAACCUCUCUCCCCUCAACGAGGGGCCAGACGGGGCCGAGUUUCUCAUGGUGAAGAUCCCGUGCGACGAGUGCACCGGGCAGACCCAGUCGGUGGCGGGCGAGGGUGCCCUCUACCUCUCCUUUCGCUUGGACACCACGCCGAGCCUGUACGGUAUCUCAAACACAUUCAACGAGGCGGUGGCGGACAUGGGCCUCUUCGACAAGUUCCUGUGCACUUCUGUGACACCGUGCGCUGUUUUUGGCACGGGUUAUCUUCAAUUGGCGGAUCGCAUUCAUGUUCAUUUCCAGCCCAAUGUUAAUGCGCAAACUGAGUUGUGGACGACAAUGGCAGAUGGAAGUACCUUGGAAAUUGUGGAAGCCAGCAUCUGGAUCCAUGUUUGCAGCAUUGACGCCGCGACCUAUGCGAGGGUAAGUGUCUCGGACACCAGCGCAGCACUGGCGGUGGCCGGAUGCACGUCAGCACCGACACCAGUUCCCGCCCCAGUGACCCCAGUGCCGACACCAGCACCGACGCCAGCCCCGACACAAGCGCCGACGCCAGCGCCGACGACAGCACCCACACUGGCCCCGACGCCAGUGCCGACGCCGGCACCGACGCCGGCGCCGACGCCAGCACCGACGGCACCGCCCAAGGUUGUCGCUGAGUACUCCUCGGACGAAGUGCUUCCCGUAGACGUGACUGCGUCUGACCUCAUGUCAUCCAUUGCCUACACGACAGCCAAGAAGAACGGCUUGGUUGCCGCUCUAUCUGUGCCCGCUUCCGACAUCGCCAUCACCGGUUUCACUCUGGGUGUCCGUCGGCUCCACGCUGCCGCCGGCCAGACGUCUGGUUUCGAAGGGGAGAUCGCCGACAUCAGCGGCUCCGACGGUACAGUCCUUGUCAAGACCAGUUUCGAGGUGGAUGUCGCUGACAUCAGCACUGCCACCGCCCUCUCUACCACGAUUCUUGAAGCUUCUGCCGUCGUCAAGGCAGAGACUGACAGUGCCAUGGCUUCGGCCGAUUGGAGCGUCGAACCAGUGAUCGUCACGGCACCAAUGCUGACGGCCGUGGUAAUGGCUACCCCGACCGUUCUUGUAUCCACCCCGGCUCCGACGCUUGCGCAGACGCCGGGACCGACUCAAGCACCGACGCCGGCAUCCACCCAGGCACCAAACAUUCUCCCAGUCUCGGGCGUGGGCGACCCCCACCUCACCAACAUGUACGGAGAGCGCUUUGACGUCUACGGGACGGGCGUGAUCAUCCUGCUGCAGAUCCCGCGAUGGGUUGGUCCACAGGGUACGUUGCUACAUCUGGAGGCCGACGCCAGACGCAUGGGCGGUGCGUGCUCUGACGUGUACUUCCAGACUGUCAGGAUAACGGGAACCUGGGUGAACCAGAGUGAUGGGCUGAUUUUCUUUGCGAAGUCGGACGACAAACCCCGCAGAAUGACAUGGACGCGAUUCGGCAGGAUCGACCUGAAGGUUGUGAGCGGUAGAACUCGCCAGGGCCUCGAUUACCUCAACGUCUACGCCAGAAAGCUUGGCAAUGCUAAACACCCGGUGGGCGGCCUCCUCGGUGGCGAUACGGACACCGUGGCCACGACCCCUGACCAGAGCUGUUCCCACACCCUGUCCCUCUCCAAGGCGCUUGCCCGCGCGCUGUAG